AUGAAAUCAACCACAUCGGAAAAGGCAAUUGAGAAGUUAGGGGAGAUGUUUAGUCGUUUCGGAGCCCCUGCACAACUCGUCUCAGACAAUGGGCCCCAAUUUGUGUCAAAAGAAAUGGUUGAAUUCCUGCAAGCCAAUGGGGUUCAACACAUUAAGUCGGCUCCCUAUCACCCGGCAACCAACGGCUUGGCAGAGAAGUUUGUGCAGACCCUCAAACAUGCUCUCAAAGCAUCACAAGGGCAAAGUACACUCCAUCAGAGACUACACGAAUUUCUCCUCAAAUACCGAACAUCUGUGCAUGCAACUACCAAAGUAUCGCCAGCGAGCCUCAUGUUUUCUCGAAAGAUACGAACUGGCAUGGAUCUUCUGAAACCACCAACCCUGAGCGAGAUUGUUCAAAUGGAUCAACGGAAGCAAGUCAAGUACAGAGACCUGCAUUCCAAGAACCGAGUUUUUGCACCUGGUGACUCUGUUAUGGCCCGGAGUUACCAGAGUAAGGAAAAGUGGGCCCCUGCCACCAUCAUUGCUCAAACUGGGCCUGUUUCCUACACCGUUCAGACAGCUGAUGGUGUUUGGCGUCGCCAUGUGGAUCAAUUGCUGGGAACACCAGACACUACUCCAGAACUGUCUAUUUGA